ACUUCCGCGUCGGUAGUCCUCCUUCCCAACAUGGCGCAGUCAGUUAACAUCACCGAGCUGAAUCUGCCGCAGCUAGAAAUGCUCAAGAACCAGCUGGACCAGGAAGUGGAGUUCUUAUCCACGUCCAUUGCCCAGCUCAAGGUGGUCCAGACCAAGUAUGUGGAAGCCAAGGACUGUCUGAACGUGCUGAACAAGACCAACGAGGGGAAAGAAUUACUCGUCCCUUUGACAAGUUCUAUGUAUGUUCCUGGGAAGCUACAUGAUGUGGAACAUGUACUCAUCGAUGUGGGAACUGGCUACUAUGUAGAGAAGACAGCUGAGGAUGCCAAGGAGUUCUUCAAGAGGAAGAUAGACUUCCUCACCAAGCAAAUGGAGAAAAUCCAGCCAGCUUUACAGGAGAAGCAUGCCAUGAAACAGGCUGUCAUGGAGAUGAUGAGCCAGAAGAUUCAGCAGCUCACAGCGUUGGGGGCAAAUCAAGCUACUGCUAAGGCCUGAAACUUGUUUUCAGAAAUGGGGCCUGGGACUUUUGGGAGUGAAUUCCUAGAGUUGGGGAAGAAAUGGUGCUUAUGUUUCAUGCUAAUAAAUGUGUCAGCUGGGCAGAA